AUGGCGAGAGCAUCUCUGAGCGAGAGCAUCACCGAGUAUCGGCGCCUUCACGGGCGCACUUACACCCAAAAGACCGAUUAUUGCCUCCCGAAUGACGAGAGGCAGAAUGAGGGGCUUGAUAUUGCCGACUUUGCCGACGAAUUUCCCUCGGCCCAGGUAACAGGCGUUGAUAUAUCGCCCAUUCAGCCUGGUUGGGUGCCCCCAAACUGCAAGUUCCAGGUCGACGAUAUUGAGCAGCCAUGGACAUGGGACGCCGACUUUGACUACAUCCACAUCCGCCAUCUCGAGGCCAGCAUCUCGGACUGGCCUGCCCUCUACAAACAAGCGUUUGAUCAUCUUAACCCGGGUGGCUACAUUGAGAUCAAGGAGCUCGACAUUGAAGAUCAUUCUCAGGCUCUUGGCCAGGACCUGCCUCAAGACCACGUCUACCGUAGAUGGGCAAAAGUCUUCUUCGAGGCCACAGACAAGCUCGGAAAGACCAUUCAGCAGUCUCGAAACCACGGGAUCGCCAAGGCCCUCAGGGAGGCUGGCUUUGUCGACAUUGUGGAGAAGAAAUGGCCCAUCCCCAUUGGUGCGUGGCCCGCUGACCCCAUGCUCAAGGAAAUCGGCGAGUGCAACUGGAUGUACCUGGACCAGUCGCUCGAGGGAUUUGCGCUUUUUCUUCUCAAGGAGAUAAUGGGUUGGGAAUACGCCGAAAUCAUCGUCUUCGUUGCUGAGAUGCGGAAAGCUCUGAAGGACCUGAGUCUCCAACCCUUCUAUCAUCUGUAA